AACACGGGACGAAAUAAACAAAAACGCUCUGUUCUCAGGAUAAAUCAAACGAAUUCCGCAUCCAGUGUCGAUUGCAGCUAUACUCCUAGAAAUAUGGCGCAAGGCGGUGGACAUGAGGAGCAAACAUUCAACGAGUUUUACACUGAGGUGAAGGAAAUAGAGAAGCGCGAUUCCGUGCUUACAUCCAAACAGCAGAUUGAUCGAUUACUGCGCCCGGGCGCAACUUAUUUCAACCUAAACCCGUUCGAGGUGCUACAGCUCGAUUGUGACACACCGUUGGAGCAGAUCAAGAAAAAAUAUCGCAGCCUCUCGAUACUGGUACAUCCGGACAAGAACCCGGACAAUCUGGAGCGCGCUCAGCAGGCUUUCGAAAUAAUCAGCAAAGCAUACAAAACGCUCGAGAACGAAACAACCCGUAAAAAGUGUCUGGAAGUUUACGAAGAGGCAAAGGAUCGUACCGAUAUGAUGAUUGCGGAAAAGAAGAAAAAACUGAAGAAGGAAGGCAAGUAUGACGGUGUGCCGGAGGAUGAGCCCGCCAAGUACAAACAUGCCAUCUACGUAAUGGUGAUGAAGCUUUUUGCCGACAUCGAGAGACGCCGGCAGCAGCUGGAAGUGCGCGAUAUGGAAGAGCGCAAACGUAAACGGGAGGCUGAAAUCGAGGAAGAAGAGCAGCGCGAUUUGCAGAAAGAAUGGCAAAAGAAUUUUGAAGAAUCCCGCCAAAAUCGUGUAAACAGCUGGCACACCUUCCAGGCCGGUUCGUCGACGUCGUCCGGCGCGACGUCGUCAUCUGCCGCCACCACUGCGACAACGGUCAAGAGCAAAAAAUCGAAAAAAGCCAAGUACACCUCGUUCAACCCACCAAAAAUUAAACCCGAGACACGAUAGAGUUGA